ACGACGGUCCAUCACCGUCCUCCGCCGGAUCACCGACAUCGACCGCCGGACUAUCCUCCUCGACCGUCGACAUGGCAGAAGUAGAAGAAAAUCUCGUCGGCAAGCUUUUCGAUGAGGAAGAAAAAAUCCCUACGAAGGGAAGUUCUUACGAACUCAAGAACGCAGACACACCUGGAUUAAUUAUCACCCAAGUCAAACUAAACGGUGAUAAUUAUGAAGAAUGGGCUCGUGCAAUGAGAAUUGCAUUCCGUGCAAAAUGGAAAAUUGGAUUCAUCGACGGANACGGCGACGGCCGGGGUGAUGGAGUGUGGCCGGGGUUACGGUCAGAGGCCGAUUGGCCGGCUUGGCGAGAAUUGGGCGAUGGGGUAGCCGAAUCGGAAUCCGAGACAAUCAUGGCGGCGAGAGAAGGAACUGACCUGGACAGGAAGAAGAACGAGUCGGGUGAGCAGCGGAGUUGCAGACGAACGGUAGUGAAGAAGGCAAAAGGAAGAGAUGGCGUCCAGCGGCGGUUUUUAACUGACAACAGGGAGGCGAAUCGGCAGGCCAUGAUUACUUAUUUGUGGAAAUCGUGCCCAAGUGUCGUGCGGAACCCAAGGAACGGCCCGGAUCCCCGCUGGAGCGUCCACGUGGACUUUGCAAACUCCCCACUCCUCCGCUUGGCCCAUCUGAGGACUGAGGAGUUGGGGGGCUUAUGAUGGGCCGAUAUCCAGAGGAUGGCCCAAAUGAACCAUUUAAACAGCUUCGGUUUUAUACAUGACGAGUGCACAAUAGCAUUAUACUAUCUACGUCCCAAAGUAUUUGUCUACUUUCAUUUUUGCACACCAUCCAAUACACUUCUUUAAUCUAUUUUAUCUUGUAAUUUGUAUAUUAAAAAAUUAUAGAAAUUAUAUAUUAAUAAUCUAUAUGUUAAGACAAAUCAAACAAGAUCACACAUGACUAUAUUUAGGCUUACACAUUGAGAGAAUUUGAUGAGUCAAAGUGCUUAGAUGAAUAGUUCCAAAAAUCAAAAGUGGACAAAUAU